GAGAGAGAGAGAGAGACAGAGAGACAGAGAGAGACACAGAGAGACAGAGAGAGAGAGAGAGAGAGAGAGUUAAACAAGGAAUGGAGGGGGUGGUAUAAAGAGAGUACUGGUAUAAAACCUCCCAUUUUCUCCUGUGCAUUUUGGAGAGGAGUGUGUGUGACCUACUCUGGAGAGAAACAGACAGAGACUACCCAAGGAUGAAGCUGGUGUUUGUGGCUGUGUUAGCGCUCUUUACGCUCAGCUCUGUGGAUAGAGUGGAUUCUUCAGCCUACGACAAAAUAGUGACACACAGUCGUAUCCGGGCCAGACUCCAGGGACCCAAUGUGUGUGCCAUGCAGCAGGCGAUGGGGACCAAGAAGAAGAAGUACUUCAGCACGUGUAGGAACUGGUAUAAGGGCUCUAUCUGUGGGAAGAAGGCGAUGGUUGUCUAUGAGUGCUGUCCAGGCUACAUGAAGCUGGAAGGCAUGAAAGGAUGCCCUGCAGUGGCUCCUAUAGACCAUGUGUAUGGCACAUUGGGCCUGGUGAAGGCUAGGACAACCCAAAAGUACUCAGCACUCUCUAAGCUGAGGGAGGAGAUUGAAGGGAAGGGAUCGUUCACUAUGUUUGCCCCUAGCGACGAAGCCUGGGACCUGCUGGACCCUGAGGUGCUUGAUGCCUUGGUGAGCAACGUGAACAUCGAGCUGUACAACGCCCUGCACUAUCACAUGGUCGACCAUCGCAUGCUAACCAAAGACCUGAAGAACGACAUGUCCAUCACCUCCAUGUACAACAGCCUAGGACUCUACAUCAAUCAUUACUCCAAUGGGGUCGUCACGGUGAACUGUGCCAGGAUUAUCCAUGGUAACCAGGUGGCUACCAAUGGAGUGGUUCAUGUCAUCGACCGUGUCAUCACUAACGUGGUCAACACCAUCCAGGAUGCCCUGGGAGUUGAUUACGACCUCUCCUCCUUCCACGCUGUUGCCUUGGCCUCAGGUGUGAUGGAAAAACUGGGCCAACCAGGUCACUUCACUGUGUUCGCUCCCACCAACGAUGCCUUCAACAACCUUGAGGCCAGCUUCCUGGAACGCAUUAUGGGAGACAAGGCUGUUAUCGCAGCCCUGGUGAACUACCACCUGUUGAACAGUGUGCAGUGCUCUGAGGCCAUCACGGCAGGCUCCGUGCACGAGACAGCGGAGGGAAGCACCGUUGAGAUCGGCUGUGACGGAGACAGCCUGACGGUCAACGGUAUCAAGAUGGUCCUGAAGAAAGACAUUGUCACCACCAACGGAGUCAUCCACCUCAUCGACCGGGUCCUCAUACCCGACUCAGCCAAGGAGGUGCUGGAGCUGGUUGGUGAAUCCCAGAGCACCUUCAGAGACAUGGUGUCAGAGCUCGGCCUAUCAGCUGCAAUGAAGCCAGAGACAGAGUACACGCUAUUGGCUCCCCUCAACACAGCAUUCUCUGAUGAGGUGAUGUCUUUAGACCAGAGCCUGUUGAAGGUGAUCUUGGAGAACCACAUUCUGAAGCAAAAACACAAACUGAGUGAACUCUACAACGGACAGCUGCUGGAGACCAUCGCUGGAGACCGACUACGCGUCUUCAUCUACCGCACCGCUGUGUGUAUUGAGAAUGCCUGCAUGGUGCGGGGCAGUAAAGAGGGCAGCAACGGAGCCCUUCACCUGAUGAGGUCUCUCAUCAAACCAGCUCAGACCACCAUCUACAAGGUUCUCAUGGCAGAGGGACGCUUCAAUAUCUUCCUGCACCUGAUGAAGACUGCAGGUCUGACAGAGCUGUUGAAACAGGAAGGCCCCUACACCGUGUUCGUACCCACAGAUGAAGCCUUCAAGGGGCUCACAGAACAGGACAUCACCUUGCUGGCUAGUGACGUGAACGCUCUGCGGACCAUCCUCCUGUACCACUUCAGUAACGGAGUGUUCAUCAACGGCGGACUGGAGGGAGGGGUCACCAACCUGCUCAAGACCAUCCAGGGACACAACCUGCAAGUGCUGUCUGUGAACAAGUCCAUCCACGUGAACUCGCUGGACGUGUCCGACAUUGAUCUGAUGGCCACCAACGGAGUGAUUCACGUGGUGAAGAACAUCCUUUACCCUGGGGACCUGCCUGUGGGUCGCGAGUCCCUGCUGGUGCUGCUGAAGAAACUCAUCAAUUACAUCCAGAUCAAGUAUGUCUCUGGAUUCUCCUACUCCAAAAUCCCCCUCACCUUCAUCAAGAGGACAAUCACCACGACAUCUCACGUCCAAUCGGAAUCCGACGUGGAAUCAGUGCCUGAAAUCACCAAGGUGACCAGAGUGAUCAAAGGAGAGCCGACCCUCACCAAGGUUACAAGACGCAUCGAGGGAGUACCGUCCGUCACCAAGGUUACCAGGGUCAUCGAGGGCGAACCCCCUAUCACCAAGGUUACCAGGGUCAUCGAGGGCGAACCCGCUAUCACCAAGGUGACCAGAGUCAUCCAGGACGAACCCGCUAUCACCAAGGUGACCAGGGUCAUCGAGGGCAAACCCGCUAUCACCAAGGUGACCAGGGUCAUCGAGGGCGAACCCGCAAUCACCAAGGUUACCAGAGUCGUCGAGGGCGAACCCGCAAUCACCAAGGUUACAAGAGUUGUCGAGGGUGAGCCUACCUUCAACAAGGUGAAGAGGGUAAUCAAGGGAAAACCAAGCAUUACCAAGGUUACCAGGGUCAUCGAGGGCGAACCCGCUAUCACCAAGGUUACCAGGGUCAUCGAGGGCGAACCCGCUAUCACCAAGGUUACCAGGGUCAUCGAGGGCGAACCCGCUAUCACCAAGGUUACCAGGGUCAUCGAGGGCGAACCCGCUAUCACCAAGGUUACCAGGGUCAUCGAAGGAGUGCCUUCCAUCACAAAGGUCACCAGGGUUAUUGAGAAUGGAAGGCUGGACACUGAAGGAGACAUCAACAAGAUGCUUGAAGAAGGUGGAACCGGACACACAACGGUCACCAAAAUCGUCGAGCCUCACAUCAUUGAGGGCCCGGAAUUCUCUAAGAUCACCACCAUCCACGGUAACCCGGAAAUGAUCGACCAAGAGUCAGAGAGGAUCACCAAACUAAUCCAAGGUGGAGGUAGUAUGAGGGCCCCUGCCAAAAGAGCUCCUGUCGGUGUAAGGAGGAGGAAGGUAAGGCUGGUAAGACGCCACAACAACCAAAAGUCAUAUCCAGCCAAGACCAGUCCAUACCAGUCCAGGCCUGACCAAUCCAGACCAUUAAAGACCAGUCCAAACCAGUAAAACCAAACCAGUAAAGACCAGUCCAGACCAGCCAAGACCAGUCCAAGCAAGCCAGCCAAGACCAAUCCAGACCAUUUAAAGACCAGUAAAAAACGGAAAUGACCAGUCUAGACCAGACUAGCCCUGCAGGAAUAUCUUUCCAGAUCGCCAUAGAGACACUGCAAGGAGCUCGUCAAGAUACACAGCAACACAAAAAAAACACUUUCUAAGUUCCCUUGAUGGGAAACAAAAGGACGAACCCAUGUGGAACAUCCAUAACAAUCAAGUAAGCGCCCUGGCGAGCAAAAGUGGUUGAAAAAAUGUUGGAAAUAUGCAUUUUUUGGGUUGAAAAGAAGUUGAAAAUACAUAUUUUCAACCAAUUUUGCUCACUGGGCAGCGGUGAACAAUAAAAUCAACCUAGAGUGAAAGGAACUGGGCCAAUGGUGUCAGACAUGAUAUGUUUUAACAAUACUAAGAUAAUCAGUUAUCCUACAUGUAAUCUACGUACUCUGCGAAGAAAUUAACUUUAUGAACUUUUGCUUUGGUGUGGAUUAGGUAGAACAUUGGAAAUAAUAAUUGUACGGUGGAAAGAAUAAACGUUUGUUUGUUUUUUGUUAAACACAUUCACAUUUGUUCCUAGGCCGUCAUUGAAAAUAAGAAUUGCCUAGUUAAAUAAAGGUAAAAAAUAAAAAAUAGGGGAAGGCAUUUUGUACUCUUUAUUAUGGUGGUGGCAUUCUGUAUUGUCCAUCUCAACCAAUAGAAAUGAACCACUAUGUCUUAUGAUUUCUUCUUGACCAAUAAGAAUUAAGCAUUCUGUUUUAUGGAUGCAUCUCAACCAAUAGAAAUUAAGCAAUACUUUUUAUGCUUUAAAAAUGCUGUAAUUAUCGAAACUUGACAACCAAACAGAUAUUUUUGGUUUUACUUCGUUUUUAGUUUUUACUGUUUUCUGAUUCAUUUGUUGGGGUUUGUUAUUGAUUGAGGCUGUUGAUGUUCAGUUGUACAAUAAGACCUACCAAACAUAAGACCUUCCAAACAUAAGACCUUCCCAACAUAAGACCUACCAAACAUGUUUUGGAAAUAAAUAUUCAAUAAAUGUUUUUUUUUUUUUAUCAUG